CAUUGGCCGACGUCCCUGUGACGACACUCUCCCUCUUUAGGAGGCCGGUAAAGCGUCUGCCUCUUGCUCUGAAGCGCAAUUCUCCCGAGGGAAGAAUAGACGGAGGAUCCGGCGGGCACAGGAGUGGGGAAAAAAAAAUCCCUACCCAAAAUCUCAUCAGCUAAACUGCGGGAAAUCUGACAUGUCUGGUCACAAAGAAGAGAGGCUUUUCUUUUUCUUCUUUUCCAAAACGGCUGAGCCUGCACCGUCUUGCGACAGUCUUGACGACAGCCCCGAAAGGUACACCUAUGAGGACUGCAAGCGAACGGCGGACUGGCUGCUGUCCAACACCAAGCACCGGCCCAGGGUUGCCAUCAUCUGUGGCUCAGGCCUUGGAGGGCUGGCUGACCUCCUGAAGGACCAAGUGGCGUUUGACUAUUCCAAAAUCCCCAACUUCCCCGAAAGCACAGUUGUAGGCCAUGCCGGAAGGUUGGUGUUUGGGAACCUCAAUGGAAAGCCAAGUGUGGUGAUGCAAGGCCGCUUCCACAUGUACGAAGGGUACCCGCUCUGGAAGGUGACCUUCCCGGUUCGGAUCUUCCAUCUGCUGGGUGUGGAGACCCUCAUCGUCACCAACGCGGCUGGGGGGCUUAACCCCGAGUACAAAGUGGGGGACAUCAUGGUGAUCUGUGACCACAUCAACAUGCCGGGCUUUGCCGGGCAGAACCCCCUGAUGGGGCCUAACGACGAGAGAUUUGGGGCACGCUUCCCAGCCAUGUCUGAUGCCUACAACCAAGACUUGAGGAAACUGGCCCACACAGUGGCGUCGGAGAUAGGCUGCUCCGGGUGCUUGCGCGAGGGAGUCUAUUGUGCCUUGGGCGGCCCUAACUACGAGACCAUCGCCGAAUGCCGCUUCCUUCAGCGUCUAGGUGCUGAUGCCGUAGGCAUGAGCACAGUCCCUGAGGUGAUCGUGGCCCGUCACUGUGGCAUGCGUGUCUUUGGUUUCUCCCUCAUCACGAAUAAGUCCGUCCUCGACUACGAGAGCAAGGAGAAGGCCAACCACACCGAAGUGCUGGAGGCCAGCCGGCAGAGCGCCCGCACCCUUGAGAAACUGGUCUCCUUGAUGGUGCAGCGCAUUGAGCGCAACAACAACUUGGCCUAGCAGCACAGUUUAUGCUGGCCCACCACGCAUCCCUUGCCCGUACCGGCUUGUCAAGCAGGGGACCUGGCAUCAGUCGCUCACCCACAUGGUCCAGGCAUGAAGAGCAUAUUGACUGUCCUAUCCAUCCCAUCCCCUGAAAUAUUGUUCUUUGUCAGAUCCUGCUGCUAAGUCCUCUACUGUCAGAUGGUACCUCAAGCGUUUGUUCUGCUACACUGCCCAGCACUCUUUGGCCAUCAAUGGGCAGUGUCUCUGUUUCUGUAUUUGAUCUCUAGCCUCUCAGAUGAUAUCGGUGUCUGUGUCCUUCUCUGUUUCUCUGAGUUUCAGAAUUUUUAAUUUUGACUAUAGUGCUUAUGUUUCUUUCUUUGUCAUCUAUGCCAGGAAAGUAGGGUUGCUUGUUCUGGCUAUCUAGAUCAUACAGGCCUCUUACAACCCACAUCUAAUAUGGCAUUUAGCUUUUUAAAGGUUAAAAUAGAGAGAAUGGGCUUCUAAAAUUCUGAAGGCCUCCAUUUUGCAUUUCAAAAUGGCCACUCUCUCGUCAACGGGUUCCUCAGCAGGACCUAGCUAACACUGUACUGCGUGUUUGCCUACAAAGGUUAGGAUCCCCUGGAUGUCCACCUUGCCUCAGGGCAUCCUUUGUCCUGCUAAACACCAAGAUUUUUCCUCUAAAUGUUUGAUAAUGUUCAUUUCUGGUGGUGGUGAACAUUUAGUCCCCUUGUUUUGUCUGUUUGAACUUUCUUGUUAAUCUCUUUGUCUUUCCGUGACUGUCCCUUCUUCUCAGCUUCAUUCAGGAGGGCUUUGUGGAUGGAGAUGGGGAGGGACAUCUGUUCUCUGAACACCUUGAAGGGCAAUAGAUCUUGUUUUGUCCCCAAACUUUUAUGCCCCAAAGCGGGUUAAACAUUUGGACUUUAAAUAUCAAGUGAAUUGCUCAGAGUCUGGAUUCAUCCAUAAGCGAUCAAAUACUAAAGCCUUGUUCUCACAAACAGCAGGUGAGGUGAGAACUUCAAAGUGCAGAUAAGUGCAGCUUAAAUGACUGAAUGCUUCUCCAUGCACAAGCAAAUAAAUCCCUGCAUGCAGAAGGCUAGCACAUGAGGGAGUUGGCUGGCCUAGAAUCCUGACCUGCUAAUUUUCAAUAUGCAAGGAUUAUUUGUUUGUUUGUAUAGAGGAAUAUUCAGUAUCGUGAGACCUCUCCUUGCAGCCUGAAAGAGUUUUGCCACCUCAUCCUUUUGUGAGAAUUAGUCUAUGUCCCUGGGAUCCAUUGCUUUCUCUGUGCCUACUUUCAGCCUUUUAAAAACAUGAUUAUUAAGCUUUUAGGUUGCUGUUCCUCCAGGAACCAAAGGAGCAACAUUUCAUCCCUUGGCGGCCACACUUCUGGCUUCCAAAAACUAACAAGCCUCCCAGCUAGAUUUCCACUAGAAGUGGCUGGUGGGGAGGGUUGGAUAAGAGAUUCCUGCCAUGGCCAAUGGAAUUGGGUCAUGGAUCAUUUCUUCAAAGUCAUUCUGCAACAGACAAUGUGGUUGGACGUUGCAACCAGAGCUUGGAAAAGUUACUUUUUUGAACUACAGUGCCCAUCAGCCCAAUCCAGUGGCCAUGCUGGCUGGGGCUGAUGGGAGUUGUAGUUCAAAAAAGUAACUUUUCCAAGCUCUGGUUGCAACCCUACUGCAAGUAAUGUGGUUCCAAGGUCGCUCUCUGAACUUUUGAAAUUUUGGACCUUGAGACUCACUGGUGCGCGCACACACACACCACUCUACCUUUUUGAUGCUGGGAUCAAGUAUUGUACUGGUUGCUGUCAGCCCCCAUGCUUAGGAAUCUGAGUAUUUGGGAGCAGAUAGCCCGUCAUAAGUCUGAAUUUGGCUCCACCCAGUGUUGCCAUUGUGCUUUCUGUACCUUUUAAGGGGCUUGGUGGGGGAGAUGGUCCCCUUACAUCUCCCUGCUCCUUUCACAUUCCUGCUGGUGCCUUCUUUGUUUCAUGACUGCUGUUACUCAUAUCUCAGUUAUAUCAGAGCUGUUUAAAACCUGGAGCUUCAGAGCCGCUUAUGAGAUAUAUGUGUGUGAAUGAAUGAACACAUAAAUGUGGGCUAACACCAUAGUGACCCUCCAAAAAGCAGUCCUUCCCUACCCACUUCCAGGUAAGACUGGCCCAGGGCUCUUUUGGCAAGAGCUUUGCCAAAAACUGGGGCUGAUGGGAGUUGUAAUCCAGAACAGUGGGAGAACACCAGGUUGGUGAAGGUAGACUUGAACCAGGCAUGGGGAACCUGAGGCUCUCCAGAUGUUCCUGGACUCCCACCAUCCCUGACCAUUGGUAAUGCUGGCUAGAGCUGACGGGAAUUGGAGUGUGACAGCAUCUGGAGGGCCACAGGUUUCCCACCCCUGGUUUAGGUGAGGUUCACCGGUGGGACGUGCGUGCACAUCACAGAGACGAGACUAGGGUUGCCAGCUGACCACUCCUGGUCCGCUCCUCUGCCUUUUAACAGCAGCUCCACACUGCAGAAUUCCGCAGGUGAAGGUUUUUUCCAGCAGUAGAAAUUAAAACCUUGUUUCCAGUUGAGUUAAAUUAAUGGACCUAGCUUAGCCGUGUUCAUUAUUUGCAAUGGAUCUACUUGAAGUUGGAAUAACAUUGGAUAAAAUCCUUUACCUCACAGCAGAUUCCUGUUUGAGGCACAGCCGUAGCAUCCGGCUGAAAUGCUGGCCACAACAUUGGUGUUUAUGUAAAUGUUUGCAGAAGAGGGCACCCACUGGAUAGAAGCCAGAGCAACUGCGUUUGUGGGUGUUUUACAUCUCCUAUAAGCGUGCAUACUGUUUUAAAAUCUGGCUUCCUCCAUUGAUUUGGAAGCUGCCUGAUCCUAGUGGGCAUGAUUUCUUCAUGAACUGGUGCAUAACUCAGGUACUGCAGCUUAACUGCUUUGCUGAGCGGGCUGUACGUUCACCCUGGUUUCUGCUCGCAAGGCCUCUCUUCCCAGCUGCUUCUCUCUUUUUUUACUCCUGUCUUUAACUCAUGCGGUAGGCCAAUCCAUGGGCCAGGAUGCCACCAUCCCAUUAACCUUGCCAAGGAAUGGGUUGUAAAUGUUGAUAAAGUAAAGAGGAACUCGAGUAUGAAGGACAAAAAAUAUCUAUAUUUUUUUAGAGCAUUCUGCACUUUUGUUGUUUUAUUUAAAUGAAUGGACCGUCCCCCUGGUUUAAUUAUUAAAUAAUAAUGAGUAAAUAAUAAAGUUGGAACGAACAGAUUUA